CUCUCUACUCUGUUCUUUUCUUGCCACCCUCUCCUCGGCUGUCGAUUAUCCUAUCGGCCAUAUAAUUUCUCCUGCCUGCCACAGCCUGCAUUCCUGUCUACCGUUUGCUCACAAGAAAACAAGCUCAGGAUCAGAGCUCCGGCCGGCCAAGAACCUCGCUCUUCUUCUUUUUGUUUGCUCAGUUGUGGUGGUGGGCUCUGCUGGCCAACCAGUACAAAACCACCAGCGCUAGCUUUGAGCAGAGUCCAGAGACAAAGCAAGCAAUACACCACUCUCACACUCUCUGCAUAGCUACUGAGGCAAAGCUCCGAGCUUUCUCCAUUGCCUUGCUUACUCCGAGCUCUAGGUGGGAGCAGAGUGGAUACAAUGAGAGCCAUCACGGCAAAGAACCCGCAGGACUCGAUGUCGUUCUCGAGGCGGCACUUCAAGUGGCCGGUUCUCGGCAAGAGCAGCAGCCGCGGCGCCGGCGCGGCGAGCGGGGACGAGGGAUACGUGAGGGGCUCGGAGGCCGAGGACGAGGACGACGAGGACGAGGGCGCCAUGGCCUUCUCGUCGGCGUGCCCGUCCUUCCACUCCGAGGACUUCGUGUCCCCUCCGAAGAAGCCGCCGCCAGCCCAGGCGCCACCGGCGCAGGAGAAGCAGAGGAGGAAGAAGGUCCGGACGGCCGUGGCGCGGCUUCGGUCCGCCUUGUCGGCCGCGGUGUCAGGGCGGCGGAGGCAAGUCGGGCUCGGCUCUCGGCUCACCGGCACGCUCUACGGCCACCGGCGCGGCCACGUGCACCUGUCGUUCCAGACGGACCCGCGCGCGUGCCCGGCGCUGCUCCUCGAGCUGGCCGCGCCAACCGCCGCGCUGGUGCGCGAGAUGGCCUCGGGCCUCGUCCGCAUCGCCCUCGAGUGCGAGCGCGCCAAGAACCCCGCUGCCACCGCGGCCGGCGGUGGUGGAGGUCGGAGGCUGCUGGAGGAGACGGUGUGGCGCGCGUACGUGAACGGGAAGAGCUGCGGGUACGCGGUGCGGCGGGAGUGCGGGGGCGCAGACUGGCGGGUGCUGCGCGCGCUGGAGCCGGUGUCGAUGGGCGCCGGGGUGAUCCCGGCGGCGAGCUGCGGCGGCAGCGAGGGCGACGUGAUGUACAUGCGCGCGAGGUUCGAGCGGGUGGUGGGCUCCAAGGACUCGGAAGCAUUCUACAUGAUGAACCCGGACAGCAGCUCCAGCAACGGCAUCAAUGGCGGUCCCGAGCUCAGCGUGUACCUCCUCAGAGUCUGAUCGAUCGAAGUUGAGUAGCGUUUCGUUCUGUGGUCUCGCGUCAUGUGGAAACGGCUGGCUUGGGGGCGUUUACGUUCGGUGGAGACGUAAACUGGGACGGAAUUACAUUUUGUUGUUCUUGCAAGUAGGGAAUCGAUUGCUGUAACUGUACUCCGAUUGUAAUGUCUCUGUAGAUGAAUAGUAUAUAGAGUCUGGUCAAUGAACUAGAGUAGUUGUAAUGGCUCUGUAACUAGACUAGUUGCACUACGCACGUUGUAAUCAUCAAUAAAAUAGCAUUCUCAUGUUCGGAGGUGCCAUCUUCGCA